AUGAUGUCCACGAUGAUGCGUCUGCCGGUGGCGCCGGCCGCCAACGCCGCCAAGCUCUCCGCCCGCAAGGCCGUCGCCUGCCGGCCGGUCGCCAAGGCUCAGGUGCGUCGCUCUGUGACGUUCCGGGCGUCGGUCGCGGUGCGUGCGUCGAUCUCGACGUCGGAGAAGGAGGCCCUUGGCUCGAUGGACUUCCGCAUCUUCUUCAAGGACGGCGACAAGACCAUCUCCCCGUGGCACGACAUCCCGCUGAAGAACGGCGACGGGACGUUCAACUUCGUGUGCGAGAUCCCCAAGGAGUCGAAGGCGAAGAUGGAGGUCGCGACGGACGAGGCGAGCAACCCGAUCAAGCAGGACACCAAGAAGGGCAAGCUGAGGGACUACCCCUACAACAUCAACUGGAACUACGGCCUCCUGCCGCAGACCUGGGAGGACCCCAAGCACAAGAACGACGAGUGCGGCGGCGUGUUCGGCGACAACGACCCGGUCGACGUGGUCGAGAUCGGAUCGUCGGCCCUCAAGAUGGGCGGCGUGUACAAGGUGAAGCCGGUUGCGGUGUACGCGAUGAUCGACGACGGCGAGCUGGACUGGAAGGUGAUUGCCAUCAACGUGGACGACCCGAAGGCGGCCGCGGUGAACGACGUCGAGGACGUGGAGCGCGAGUUCCCCGGCGAGCUGGAGAAGAUCAUGGUGUGGUUCCGGGACUACAAGAUGCCCGACGGCAAGCCGGCGAACGAGUACGGGUACGACGCCAAGCCCAUGAACAAGGAGUUCACGCUGGGCGUCAUCGAGGAGACCCACAAGUUCUACAACGCCCUCAAGGGCGGCAGCCGCGAGAACGACGAGGACCUCGCGCUGGCCUGA